AUGGUGCAGGCGACGUGCAGUCGCUGUCCCCAGUCGGGCGGUGCUGAAACGGAGAGCGAUUUGCGGUCGGAGCCUAACGGCCAACAAGUGAUUUGUGAGCAACACCAUCAGCACCGUGAAGUCAACAAAGUCAACGGUUGCAUCAAGUACAUAAUGUUCCUCUUCAAUUUCAUGUUUACAAUCCUCGGCUAUUUGAUGCUUGGGAUCGGGGUUUGGGGACUCUUAGACAAGGAAUCUCUGGACUUGGACAGGAUUAACAAUCUGAGUACAGACCCCAUGCUGGUGUUUGUGGUUGUGGGACUGGUUGUUGGCACCUUGUCUUUCUCUGGAUGUCUGGGGGCCCUGAGGGAGAACCAAUGCUUGCUGAAAUUCUUCACCGCCGGUAUCCUGAUAUUGGUGUCGGCCGAGAUAAUGAGUGGGAUCAUGGUCUAUGUCCUGAGGGACAGAAUAGAACAGUACCUGCAGAAUGGGAUGAUCCUGGGUGUCAAGAGGUAUCAGGACGAUCCGGACCUCCGGUUCAUCAUGAACGAGAUCCAACAAGGAUUUAAGUGCUGUGGAGUCGAGUCCUACCAGGACUGGCAGCUAAACCUGUAUUUUAACUGCAGCUCCCCGGGUGUCCAUGCUUGUGGAGCCCCAGCUUCAUGUUGCAUCAAUCCUCAAGAAAAUGGCAUGGUUAUGAACUCUCAGUGUGGAUUUGGUACUUUACAUAUGGAAGAAGUGACAGCCCAGAAUUAUAUUUACCUCCGCGGGUGUAUCUCACGCCUCAUUAGCUGGCUUACUAGUAACGUAGGUUCAAUUAGUACAUUUGGUGUCAUUCUCAUGGUUAUUCAAGUACUUGGGCUCAUUUUUGCAACAAAGAUACUGAGUGACAUUGAACUGAUCAAGGCCCAUUGGUAG